AUGUAUUACACCCGCGCUUAUGCCGAAAGUAGCCCUAGGCAACUUGUCUCCGGCAAGGGGAUGAGCAGUCAACCUUUGUCAAGAAACGAGCUCCUAAGGGAGUUUGAAUGUCAUUCCGUUCGACACAAUAAAGAACCAACGGCGCUUGUAUCUGUCAGCAGUCGUAUUGUCGAUACUGUGAACCGAGCUUAUGAGCUUCAUUGGGACGGCGAACCAGCAGCGAGGGUCUGGAUCGUCUUCAUUUCUGAGCCUGCCCAUGAUACAGGCAGAGCAAGUGCGAUCUAUCCUUAUGCUGCGGAAGCUUUGGCAAAAAACUGUGACAAAAAAGAGGCAAAAUUAUUUCAGUACGAAUUUUUAUUGGAAUGGUACAUUCCAGAAAGCCUUGUGGUUCAUCGUGUGUCUCUUCAGACAUUAAUUGACCGUGGACUCGAUUGGUAUCAAAGCAUCAACUCCGGUCUCGCGCUGGAGUAUGAGUCCACCGAUGACCUGCGAGCUCGCAUCGCAGGAAAUAUGUGGAAUAUCGACGAAAGUUACGGCUUCUGGGAUGUUGGUAUUCAUCUGGGCUGGUUUGCAAAGCUCUUUGGCGCGAGAGCUCCCGUCAAUUGGAUUGCCAGUCAGCUGCACCGUGAUUGUGCCCAUGCUAAGGUCACACGCAACGGCAACUACAGCAUAAGGCCUCAUGGGCGAGAAGAGGACUACCUUGUUGAUGACUUUGCCAUGAAAGACAUCGAUGAUGGAAUUGACACAGUAUUGAUUGAUUGGUGGUUCACCCAAGAUGAGUUCAUCAUAGAUUGGGAGGCAUUCAAGAAUGAGAACCGCGAGAUGGAGAGAAAUAUCGACGAGCAAAUAGAGCAAUGGAACGACACGUGGUGUUACGAAGAACUUGACGAGAGGCAAAAGGCAGCAGGCGAUAGGGCAAGGAUAAAGCUAUGUAAUCAAUUUGACCAGCAAAGAGCAGCUUUGGAGGAAAAAGCCGUUAAGAUGGGCUUCUAG